AUGCAGAGUGAUCAAGUGAGCAAUCCAUUGCUGUUCUUCGUCAGAAAUUACUUCACGAAUGGUAGUCAGAACUCUUUGAUUACUCGGAUUGUCAGCUCUUUCAACAUCCUCUUCAAUGGCUUACCAGCCCUCAGGGUCAUAAGCUCUCAGAAACAUCCUCAUUCUGAUCUUCCAGAACAAGUAAUUACUCCUAUCAAAGGACUGAGGUGGAAUAUGAUGAUCAUGUGUUAUUGCACUGUGGAAGAAUCAAAGUUUGUGUUUGAAGCCAAGAUAAUCCAGAGAAUGGAGCUUCUGGUGCUAUCUACUCUUCAAUGGAAGAUGAAUCCAGUGACCCCACUUUCAUUUGUUGAUCACAUUGUGAGGAGGUUUGGAUUUGAGACAGAUUUGCAUUUGGAGUUUCUGUGGAGGUGUAUAGAUAAUUGUUAA